AGAAAGAGGGAGGCGGAGGAAGGCAGACGUGGCCUGGCCCGGCUCCCUCCCCUUCCUCCCUCCCUUUGCGCCUCCGCCAUGGUCGCCUCAGCUCGCGCCGCCGGCCUGGCCUUGGCGCUGAUGGCGGGCUGCCUGCUCUUAAGCGCCGCCCGCUCUGAGGAGACGGAGGAGGAGGAUGAGGAAGGGGACCCCCACGCCCAGCACCUCUACACGGCCGAGAUGCUGCGCCACGGAGCCCAGAGCGCGCCCCACUUCGUCAUGUUCUUCGCCCCCUGGUGUGGACACUGUCAACGUUUGCAGCCAACUUGGAAUGAACUUGCAGAAAAGUACAACAAUAUGGAAAACCCUCCUGCCUAUGUUGUGAAAGUGGACUGCACUACAGAUACUCCACUAUGUUCUGAAUUUGGCGUCAGAGGAUAUCCAACUCUAAAAUUACUAAGACCCGACGAAGAACCUGCAAAAUACCAGGGACCUAGAGACUUUCAGUCGCUGGAGAACUGGAUGUUGGAAACACUAAAAGAGGAACCCAGUCAGGAACAAGAAUCUGAACCGGAGCCUCCCAAAGCUCCUGAACCAAAGCAGGGCCUAUAUGAGAUUUCAGGAGCUAAUUUCAAACUACAUACAUCAGAAGGCAAUCACUUCAUCAAAUUCUUUGCGCCUUGGUGUGGCCACUGUAAGGCAUUAGCACCAACAUGGGAACAGCUGGCUCUUCUCCUUGAAAAUUCAGAAUCGGUAAAGAUUGGCAAGGUGGACUGCACACAGCAUAAUGAAGUCUGUUCAGCAAACCAAGUGCGUGGUUAUCCAACCCUCUUUUGGUUCAAAGAUGGAGAAAAGGUUGACCAGUAUAAAGGAAAGCGAGAUCUGGACUCUUUGAAAGAAUAUGUCGAUUCCCAAUUAAAAAAUUCAAAAGAAGCCUCAGAUGAUGAUGUUAAGCCCUCUGAAACACCACCAGCACCACCACCGAAAGAAAUUGCUCCGGAGGAAGAGAGCAAGGUCCUUUCCCUCUCAGAGAAGGAUUUUGAUGAAGAGAUUGCUAAAGGAAUCACCUUCAUCAAGUUCUAUGCUCCAUGGUGUGGUCAUUGUAAGAACCUGGCUCCCACAUGGGAGAACCUCUCAAAGAAGAAUUUUCCAGUGCCCAUGGAUGUCAAGAUAGCAGAAGUAGACUGUACCACUGAACGCAAUGUCUGCAAUAGAUACUCUGUGCGGGGCUACCCAACGCUGAUGCUUUUCCGUGGCGGGGAGAAGGUUUCCGAACACACUGGAGCCAGAGAUCUUGAAACACUGCAUAAGUUUGUUCUGCGGCAAGCAAAGGAUGAACUGUAAAAGCCUACCUGUUUGGAUGCAGCUUCUUAUAGCUGUGUCUGUCCAGUAACCAGGGGAUUUAAAUCAUGAAAACAUUGAAAUUUCUGACAGUGGUCAUUUGGGAAACUGAAUGUACCAAGGGGCAUCAUCUUAUGUGUGUGCGUUUGUAUUUCCUAAAGCCUUGCCCUAUUAAGGGAAUUAUGCAACCAUCAGUCACUGUUCAAAUUGGGAGUAUUUUCAGUACUGACUGCAUUAAUGAACUUCUAUGAUUAAGAAGUAAAUGGUCCUUUGGGGACUAAAAUAGGGAAGGGAAGGUUAAAAUUUAGCAUCAUUUCAGUGCUGGACACACAAGAUACAAACUUACCACAGGCAUAUAGUUUUCCAGAGCCCUACAUUAUUACCUUAAUUUUGUUAUACUGAUAAAUAACUAUCUUUUAAAAUUUCUCUUUAAAAAUGUUAAAAGGAAGCUAAAAAGGCAACUCUAGAAAAGGUACUUACCAUUAUUGAGGGAUGCAUUAUAAAGAAAUGGUACUGUGCUAUGUAUCUUCUUGUUAUUGAACAUGGUUGUCUGUUAGUUGCUGACAGCUGAAAAACACAAGGUCUUGUGAAGUCAUUGGCUCCCUUCCUACAGUCUCCAUGUUUAUUAGAGUAAAUAGAGGGUACUUUAAAAUUGGACUAUAAAAACAAAACAAUAACUCCUCUUAAGCCCCUAUUUAGCACAGCAACCAGGAUCUGUUUGGUUAAGAGUUUUAUCAGGGUCUGUUGGUUUAUCAUUUAAGAAAACAUGCAAGAAAUAAACGUAGACCCUUUUGAAUAGUUCCCUGUUUACCGAAUAUUUCUUUCCAAGUAAUAUAAACAAGGGAGGUAAGCGUACCUACAAAAUAUUUCUAGGCAGUCUCUAAUUUUGAGCAGAUUCUUUGCCCCCUGCCCAUUUGAUGUUUAAGAUAUGGUGUGAGAGAUAGAAUCAAAGCCAAAGAAGUUAUAGUGCAGGUAUUGAUUGGACGUUCAAUGAGAGUAGCAAACUAGAUGCUAAAAAUCGUACUAGUUUGUAUAUAAGCAUUUAUUGCCAUUUGUUUGGGAAGAAGUUGCAAGUUAUGUACACAUAGGUUCUUAUUUGUAAAAUAAUGUUACUGCUCAGCCUUCCUGAACCUGACAUCAACCACCUGAUAUGCUGGAUGACACCUCUUAUAACUGGUGAGGGCACUGUUUUUUUAGGGCAACAGGUUGGGGAAAAUUGUAUAUUACCAUUUGUUUCAAAUGGAGGGUUACAAUUACUAGUAGCCAUGUCUAUAUUCUUAAAUUUGUACUGUAGUUUAUCCUUUCUAUUAAAGGUCAUGGAUUUUGUCCAGCACAAAUUUGGAGAGAGUGAAAGAUGGAAUGUCUACCAAAGGGCUAAUCACAUAUGGCAGAUCUAUCACAUCAAUGCACAUGUUUCUGCCUUAAAAGGAUCCUUUAUUCAUGAUGGCUUUUUUAAAAAGCUAACAAAGCACAAUCUCAUGACAGGCUUGAGCUGUAACUCAUGAGUUUCCUGUACAAAAUCAAGUGGUACAGUUGUUUACACAAGCAAUUUCUGAAUAAAAGUAUCUUCUUUUUUACAAAAA